AUGGAGGUGGACAUAAAUGAGGUGUUGGUGGCCAUCGACACGUUGUACGACCUCCAGCCUCAGGACAGACAGAAACACGACCAGGCUUCGCAAUGGCUCGGGCAGUUGCAGAGAUCGGUCCAAGCAUGGAAAGUAGCAGAUCAGUUGCUACACACAAAACGCGAUGUCAAUUCCUGCUUCUUUGCUGCACAGACACUCCGUACCAAAAUACAGCUAUACUUCGGAGAACUACCAGUGGAAGCUCAUGCCUCCCUGCGGGCUUCCAUGCUAGAGCACUUAUGCCACAUCACUGAGCAUACGUACCAGGGCAUAGCAACACAAUUGUGUGUGGCCCUGGCUGAUCUAGCCCUUCACAUGGCAUCAUGGGAGGACCCUAUAGGUGACUUGAUUUCUCAGUUGGGGCCAGGAGCCAGCUCUCCAAACUUGGUACCUUUACUUGAAGUCCUCAUAGCACUCCCAGAAGAAUUACACUCCAGGCAGCUACGACUAGGUCUCAAUAGGAGAAAGCAACUAGAUGAAUACUUUCGAAGGAAAGUUCCUAGUAUUAUAGAAUUACUGCAUGUUGCAGUGGGUACUGAAGGAGCGAGCAAAGAGAGCACCCAUCUAAAAGCAUUGAGGUGUCUUGCUUCCUGGUUUAAUAUCCACACUGAAAAGUGGGUAAUGCUCACUAACACCUGCCUUGUUAACGACAUUCUUAGUGUUGUACGUAAUCCACAAGUGUCUCCAAGGUUACAUGAAAUUGCGACGGAUUGCAUAUGUUCCGCCAUGAUCAUGCUAGAGGCAGAGCGUAUCCAGCCACUUGCCGAGGUCUUAUUUGCAGGCGUCCUGCAGCUUGGUGAACCUUAUCACUUAGCAGUAGCAUUGGAAGAUCUAAAUGCCAUCACCAACUAUGCCAGAAUUUUCUCUGAACUUGGAGAAACACUGGUCGAGGUGAUGGUCGAUCAGCCAGGGCAAGGGAUGGGAUCUCUUCAGGUUCUGCAUCUGCUUCUCACAUGUAUUGGACAUCAUGACUGGGAGGUUGCCGAGAUCACCUUUAACUUUUGGUACAAAUUAUCAGAAGUAUUGUAUCGGAAGAAUUGUGACAAUGUGAAUGAACAGUUCAAGCCCUAUGUUGAGCGUCUGAUAGAAGCCUUGUACCGGCACUGUCAAAUUGAACCCGACCAUGAGAAUAUUUUGUUACAACAAGACGAUUUCUAUGAAUUCCGGGAGCGUGUACAGGAACUGAUCAAGGAUGUAGUAUUCAUAUGUGGGUCGAAGCCAUGUUUCCAGCAGAUGUCGAAUAUAUUGCAAGCCCCAGACGUCACGAAAAGUUGGAAUCUUCUCGAAGCUGCUCUCUUCAUAAUGCAAAGUGUUGCAAAGAACCUUGUCCCAAGGAUUGACAGUAAUCUAAUGGUACAAUCUCAUCCCAGGGAGGAGAAUGAGGUGGUCCCACCUAUUUUAGAAGCCGUUUUAAAGCAGCCAGAUGAAGUGCACAUGCAAGUGGCAUUUACGUCGGUCCAGCUGCUAGCAGAAUUGAAUGAGUGGAUUGCCUGUCACCCGGAUGUUCUUCCUCUUGUUCUUCAGUUCCUCACCAAAAGGCUACACAAUAAACAUCUGGCCACGGUUGCAGCUAAGGCCUUAGAUGCAAUAUGUCAGAGUUGUCGCGACCAUAUCGAGCAGCAUUUUGAAGGACUGAUGCAAAUCAUAGAAUCUCUCGAUUCAUUUAGCAUUAGCAAUGAAGCUGUUGUAGGACUUCUGAAAGGUGUUGCAUCAAUACUUGGUAGAUUUCCGCCGGAGAGAAUAAAAACGGAUAUGAAAAAGUUAUGUUUAUCUCAAGUUAGAAAUUUGCAAAAACUAAUGGAGGAAAAUGCUCCAAUAGAAAAGAAUACGAAAACUGACCCUGUAGUGUGGCUGGAUCGGCUAGCGGCAAUCUUUAGAAAUGUAAAUCCCAUUGUACAGAAUGGGGAGCAACACCCAUGUCAAGAGGUUGUAAUGGAGGUGUGGCCUACUCUCUCCAUGACUUUCCAAAGGUAUAGCUCAGAUUUACGGGUAAUGGAACAUUGCUGUCGUAGUUUACGGUUUGCAGUGCGUUGCGUCCAUCAACAGUCAGCACCGCUAUUGUCGCCUCUUGUAGAACAGAUUGUAGGGUUAUAUGCAACUCAUGGCCACAGCUGUUUCUUGUACCUGGGUAGCAUUUUAGUGGAUGAAUAUGCAGGAGAACCUGGUUGUGUUAUAGGGCUGCUUGCCAUGCUGGAAGCCUUUACACAACCAACUUUUGUGCUCCUUACUCAACCAAGUGGAUUUAGGAAUCAUCCUGACACCGUUGAUGACUGGUUCAGAUUAUGUGCCAGGUUCUUGCAACGGGCUCCAGUUGCAUUCCUGCAGUGUUCUGCCUUAAAUACUAUUCUUGAAUGUGGUCUUCAGGCUUGUAUGCUUGAUCACAAAGAUGCAAAUGCAGCUGUGCUAAAGUUCUUCCAAGACCUGGUAGAAGCUGGGAGGAAACAUGAAGAUCGACCAGACUUUGAAACUAGACGAACGCUUGUUGUAAAUAUUUUCAACACUCACGGAGAGAAUCUAGUUAGCAACCUAAUUACUGCAGCUAUCUUCAUCCUCCCGCAGUACAUGCACCAUGAUGUGGCUGAAACAUUUUACCAGAUUAUGCAGUUUGACCGUCCAAAAUUCUGCCUGUGGUUGGAAGCUAAGUUGAAAGUCCUACCAACAAAGAACUCUGGAGGUGUUGAGGCUGUAACGCAAGCUCAGCUGGUGGAGUUCCACAAGGCUGUCACACAGGCAGAGCGCACCAAGGAGAUCACGCGAGCACUCGUAGAAUUCUCAAGGUUCUUCAGCUGACAUGAUAAACGCAUUAGUUGAAGGAACUGUUGGAGAGAGAGCAGCGGAUGUUGAAAUUGAUGGAAAUGUGAUUUGAUUAGGUAAUAAGGGACACGUGACAACUUUUAUACUACUUGACGAGACAGCGUUUGGGUGGCUGUGAAAUGCAACAGCCAAGCAUAAGAAACGUUCCGGGGAUGCAAGUCGGAUAUUUAUAGACAGGGUGAACUUUUGAGUUUGUUCAUGCAAGAGGUUUUUGAUGAGUGAAAGAAGAAAGUUCAGAGAAUGUUCAUCUUGGAAAAAAAAUGAUUUGGAAGAAGAUUUUGAAUGGGCAUCAUUCAGUAAUUCUGGAUUCAUUGAUAUAUAUAUUGCCAAAAACAAAAUAUUUAUUUUAUGUUUUGACAUUUUUUCAAACCAUGCAUUACUAACCUACAUGCAAUGCAUCACAACAAGAACUGAAAGAAAUGUGCAGAGUGAAGAUUAGUAGGAAUUUUCUCAUUUCUUUUCCUUUUUUUCAUUUCUCCUUUAAUAGUACCCUGUUAUGAUAUACUGAAGAAUGAAUGAACUUAGAUUAAUGCUGUCCCUGCAAGCGAGUGUGUUCAUGAACAGAUGCUUGGGUAAUAUACUUUGUAAAAAUGUAGAGUUGAUUUUAUAUUAUUUUCUGAGUUAUUGUGCAGAAAUUGUUACUUGUUAAUUUUAUGAAGGGGCAUUUGCUGGAUUCCAGGUAAAGGCACUGCUUCUUUCUUGUGAUACUUGACAAACAGAAUCUGAUUCUGUCUGAUAUAGAGCGCGUGCCGGUUCCCUUGGUGGUGUAUGGAUAUCCCAAGUGUAAAGAGGUGUGAAAGUUGGUACAUGAAAGUAUCUUCAGUUUAUUAUUUGAUGUGCAUGACAGUUUUGUAUAUCCAUAUAUAUGACAUCACCUCAUCUCAGGCCAGGUAGAUUGUUAUUUUUUUUUAUUUUUUUUUAAUGUAUUUGAGUAAUGCACCAUUCCUCUUUAUUUUCCACUGGAUAUUGAUAAAGCUACCUGGUUGAGAAUGACGGAAGGGUUUUCAAAGAAGUUAGAAAUCGUUGAAGGGUUGGCAGAGAAGCCACAAACCUUGUACUUCAGGUCUCCGAAAGAACUUGUACACCAUUGUGCAUCAAGUAAUCGACAUAAAAAAGGGAAUAAUAUUACAGCAGCUUCUUGCUCAAGGACACAGUUUAGCUAGUGUGUCUAAUAUAUGUGUUAUCUUGGCAGUGUUAUCCAAAGGUAAGAAGAGUGAAUCAGGUUCAGCCUUUUUUUUUUUUUUUUUUUUUUUUUUUUUUCUUUCUUUCUUUUUUUUUUUUUUGUCAUGUCUACUCUUGGUGGUGAUGCUGUUGAGGUCUAUCCCCCCCACUGUCCCCUCCACUCAUGACUGCUACCUAUGUUUUUGUUACUUGUGGUAAAUACAGUCAUAAUUUCCUUGUAAGUGUGUGUUUAAACUUGUUCCUCCCAAGCUAGCAGAACUUUUUUUUUUUUCACUGAGAGAAUACAAGGACAGAUAUCUUGUUAUAACCAUAAGUAAUAGGUUGUGAAGAAAAUUUGUUAUAGGUUCAUUUUCACCAGACUGUAGUCAGGUUAUAGCAUUACAUUUGAGUAUUAUUAGUUGUCUGAUUGGGUAAAAUAUUUAUUUUCAGAGAAUUGAAGAAAAAGAUAAUUAGGUAAUUCAAUUUUAUAUUUUCUACCACGUUUUUGGGGAGUGCAAUAAUUCUUAUUAUAAUAUAACCCCUAAUCGGUAUCACCGUACAUCUUUUACUCAGUAAUGUAGAAUAUUUAAUUCAUCCAAAAAGCGAGGGUUUAGCACACCACACCUUUAUUGUUAGAGGCCACAGUAGGAGUGCUUUACUUCCAUUCUGAAAGGAGUGGGUUGGUUUUGCUUGACUGGUUUCGCAAGCUCAUACAUAGCCAGUUAUCUGAGAGCUCAUGUGCAAUAUCUUGAAUUGUAGAAUGUGUUCUAUAGAUUUCUAAAGUACAAAAAAUACCUGAUAUACAUAAUAUCAGACUUACCUUAGUCUGAGUGAAGGUAUCCUUAGAUUUACUGUGUACUUGUCAUGCAGACAUAACAGUCUCAUAUACUCAUUAAGUUAUUAUAUUGUUGCUCUUCAUAUGUAUCACUGGAUCCUAGUGUAUACUGCAUGUAUAAGUAUAUCGAGACAUUAUAAAUGGGAACAUUGUUGAAGUAAGACCUCAUGAGAUGCACACUGCUUAAAUUGUUAAAACCUUGCAACGUGUGAUAGGUACAAGUGAGAAAAAUUCAAGUGAAGCAUUUCAUCCACAUUUCCUCGACAGUCGUUCUUCAGUAAGGAAAAAAAAAAAAAAACAGAUAAGAAGUAUGGCCUAGUCGACAUCACACUUCAUCUCAACAGAUUCACAGUAUAAUUUGAAAAGAGAAAAAAAUAGGUGAAUGACCAUCUGUUUUCUUUUCGGAAGUCAAAAAUCUCUCUUGCACCUCGUCUUCUGCGUCAUCUAUUCGUCAUAAAGAGGAUUUCACUGCACGUCACUCACUCCAUAGAUGAUAUACUUCACUGACAAUGGAUUCCAAGUUGCUGCCUCAAGAUGGCCCUACAUCAUCUUCAAAUUGAAAUUAUUAUUUUUUAUUUUAUUUAUUUAUGAUUUUAGAAUGAUAAUUCAUGAAAAUAAAAAGUGAUUAAAA